CUAUACUCCCCAGAAAACAUGGCGGAGACUCACGUUGGCUCUGGAAAGGUAACUCUAUUUCGACAGGAGUCCCCGGAUGGCCUCACCUACCGCAUCCCAGCCCUGCUGUGCCUUUCCCACGAGUCCACUUUCCUGGCCUUUGCAGAGGAGCGCUCGACAUUCAGAAAUGUAGACGCCAAAUUCCUGGUGAUGAGACGAGGGCAGAAGGAAGGAACAUCUGUCCAGUGGGGCCCUCAAGAAUCUCUGAUGACAGCCAUGUUGCCUGAUCACCGCACCAUGAAUCCUUGUCCAGUGUAUGAGCAAGAGAGCGGCAAAGUAUUCCUGUUUUUUAACUGCGUGAAGAACCACGUCACAGAAGAACAGCAAAUCACAACAGGAAGGAAUGCAGCCAAGCUGUGCUACGUCUUUAGCCAAGAUGGUGGCCGCACCUGGAGUCAGCUGACUGAUUUGACUGAUCAAGUGAUUGGAGAUGAAUUGGGAAACUGGGCCACAUUUGCGGUCGGACCAGGCCAUGGGGUACAAUUGCGCUCCGGGCGUCUGGUGAUUCCAGCAUAUGCUUACUACAUCCACAAACACGACUCUUCCACCCCACCUGCCCAUUCUAUCGAGCCGCAUUGCUUCACAUUCUACAGCGAUGAUGGGGGCCAGCACUGGACCCGGGGACAUCUUGCCAUGAGACUCCAGACAACGGAAUGCCAGGUUGCCGAGCUAAUCCGCCAGGAUGAAACUCAAGUGCUGUAUUGCAACGCUCGAACAUCACAGAAGUACCGGGCUGAGGCCUUCAGUAGGGAUGAUGGGAAACGAUUUGAGAAAUCCUUCCUAGGCAUGUUGUCCGAGCCUCCCCAGGGUUGCCAAGGGAGUGUGGUGAGUUUCACCCCGUCACUGCCACCCUCAGAUCUCGACCUAACAACAAUGCUAGGUGAAUUGACUCCUUUUCCGAAUAUUCAUCUCAGACUGACCCUCAAGACUGCCAAGAAAUGGCUGGUUUUCUCUCACCCAACAAGCACAAAGAAGUGUGUGGAUUUAGGCAUUUACCUGAACACGUCCCCCUUGGAGAAAGGUACCUGGAAGACCCCCUGGGUGAUAUACGAGGGUCCCAGUGGCUACUCAGACCUGGCCGUGUGUGAGGAGGGGCAAUCACAGCUUUUCGGCUGCUUAUUUGAGUGUGGAGUGACCAGAGAAUAUGAGGAGAUUGCUUUCAAACUCUUCACCAAUGUCGGGCUCCUGCAGCAUGUGAGACAUUUGUUCCUUUAG